ACACCCCUGAUCUCCUCUAGAUCCUCCGUUACGUUUGAGGGGUAACUUCGUCCUUAAAAAUCCGAGCAACGCCAUUACUACUGGCAAAUUCUCCCUCUAAAGAGGGAGGGAGGGAGAGAGAGAGAGAGAGGAGGCCGAGAUUUCUCGUUACUGGGUGUGUUAUCCGAGCAGGCGUGCAAGAUUUAGAUGUGAAAAUGGCGCGCGAGUGGAGGGAAAUAAAGCAUUAAACGGUCCUCAGGGUAUGUGCUUGUGAGUAUUAGAUAGGAAUUUACGUAUAGGGUACGUUGGAUAAGUUUUGCAGGGAAACAUCAUGGGGGACUCAACAGAAAUGACUAUCGAGUUUCUUCGAGCUAGGUUACUUUCUGAAAGAUCCGUUUCAAGGGCAGCUAGACAAAGAGCAGAUCAAUUGGCUAAAAGGGUCAUAGAGUUGGAAGAACAGCUCAGGAUUGUUACUACCCAGAGAAAGAAAGCUGAAAAAGCAGCAUCAGAGGUUCUUGCAAUCCUUGAAACUCGGGGAAUUGGUGAUUUAUCCGAGGGAAUUGAUUCGAAUUCUGACAGAGAAGCUGCCUGUGAUGAUACUCAAAGGGAAUAUGAAUCUUCUGCAGCCUCAAGAUUGGAAAGAAGUGAAGUGGAUGAUGGAUUUUCAGGCUCAGAGCCUGAAGUUUCCCCCUCUCAAGGUAGGAGCUUAUCUUGGAAAAGCCACGGUGGUAGUUCAGGUUCUCAUGAUAAGCGAACAGCAAAGCAGAUAAGGCAAAGGCAGAGACGUCGAACCUUCUUGUUACAUUUGCAGUCAUCUUCGAAGCAUCAGUCGGGAAAGUCUUGCCGUAAGAUAAAGCGAAAAGAUACUGGAUCACCUGCAGAUAGCGAGACACACAAGCCUACCCUUCUCGAUGACCAGGGAAAUGGAGGGAUCGCAUGCUCUAAAUCUCACGAUGAUGAACCUGACGCAUCGAUGAUAACCUCAAGGGGCGUAAUGGAGGAUGUGGUUGUGGUCACCUCAGAUUUCCACCAUGUUGAUGAUCAUAGUAGACAAACUGAAGUUCAUCCUUGUGCGAAUGGGAGUGAGAGAGAUGAAGAGAUGGAGAGAGUGCUAGAGAAGCAGGCCAAAUUUAUUGGUCAGUUCCAAGCAGAAGAAACUGCUCAGAGAGAAUGGGAAGAGAAGUAUAAUCAAAGCAAGACAUCAACUUUGGUCAAUAAUGAACCUGGGAACCAAUCCCAUGUAGCUGUAAGCAGUAGCAAACCCAAGAAGGAAGUGUCUAAGCUUGCUGACAAGACUCCAGUUUUUGGCAAUGACGCAAUACCUAGACCUCUACAUACUUCCGGCAAUGGGGAGGCAACGGUUGAGGGCCUUUCAGGUUCAGAAAAAAAUAAUGAUAGAAGCGACGAAGCAUCAGAUACAACCUUUUCCAAUGGUUCCGUACCUAGGGAAACGAAAAACAAUUCUCAUGAAUCUACUGUUUCAGCUCCUGAGAACUAUGGUACGAUAAGAAAUCGAAACCAGAAUGAAGUAAAGCCCCGAGAUGUUCCUGAUGGUUAUCCAAGCAAUUCGACAUUGAAUCCUCAUGGACAGCAGAAAUAUCGACAACUGCCCCAAGAACAUGGUAACAAAUUAGGGAAUGUGUUAGAAGCACUUCAACGUGCUAAGCUAUCAUUAAGUCAAGAAUUAAAGAAGCUUCCUUCUUCAAGUCAAGGUACAUUGUCAGUAGUAACACCGACCAAUUCUCAAACAAGGGCUACAGAAAGUUUGAACAUCCCCAUUGGCUCAGCUGAUCUUUUCAGAUUACCAACAGAUUCAUAUCCCCGAGCCCAGCUCUCUUUACCUGAGCUCAACGGUGCAAGAUCAAGUUUGUUACCUGAUCGCCCUGAUGUUGGGUAUGGCUACCAGCACUCUAAUACUACUUCGUAUAUGGAAAUUGGACCUAGAUUUGUACGGAGCAGGGAAUAUAUUGAUAAUUACUCCAAUAUGUAUUCUCGGGCUUCUUCAGACUUGUCAGCAGAGAGGGUUUCUCUUCGCGGUGAAUUUUCAAAAUCAUACUCUGAUUCAAGGAACAGAAUGCCGCGUGGAGAUGGGUACAAUCUGUAUGGAGACCAUCAAACUCGCUUCCUCUGAUACGCGGUUUUUUUUAAAAAAUUUCUUCUUGUUAGUGAAUGAGGAUGCUAGGUAUUUUUAUUGAGGUUUCGUUUUCAGUUGCGUUUAUGUUUGUACCGUAGAUCAUGAUUUUGUAGAAUGUAUUAAUAAAUUGCUAGUUUGAAACUGUUGGAAGUUGUAACCAGAUCUGUAUAAUUGUAAGUUUCGGCAAAGUUUUCCGUUGAGGUAA